AUGACUUCCAACUCCCCAAAGAGAAAGCGAGGCUCCCCUCACCCUCUGGAUACAGAAGGACCCAUACCCCGUUUAUUGAACGAAAGCGAUCUGGAAGAAUAUGAUGGAGGCAGCCCUCGAAGCAAAGUUGUGCGGAAGUUCAAUGACCUUGAAAUUCAUGGCCAUCAAGCUCACGAAGACCAAGACGCCAGCAUGAAACAGAAUGACCAGGUCACGAUCCCUGCAACGUUAUGGGCUGAAGCAACGGGCCAGGAAACCCGGUUUUCGACACCAUUAAGCAAACAGAAGCCGGAAAGUGGGACGGACGUCACACGAGGACUUGCAAUCGCGGCGACGAAGUCCUCAGAAACAGCUUCCCGCUCCAAAUCUCCUCCUCUGGCAGGUGAGAUGUCGAAUGAUUUUUGGCAAGAUUUUGAAAUUACUGGACAUGAUCCGGACGACUCCAGUGACGAUGGAUAUGGCAUCAACGGGAUCGGGUUCAAACCGACGGCGGCAGUUGCCUGGUCAAGGUCACAACGGCGGAAACAACAACUGUCCGACUACAAGAACCGUGAGGCUCGAGAAGCGAGACAACAGAGAAGUGAGAGGAGAAAACGUCUGUUUGACGAAGGCGAGGAUGCAUUGUCCGUCGAGUCCUCGCCUCGCAAGGCGGCCCGUGUUCGUUUCGAAGACGGCUGA